GUCUGGUGCAUCAUUUACCAUCUGACUGACAGUGAGAACGAGGACGAUUUUUUUUUUCGGCGUAAACAUCGCGAUGAAGUUGGUUUUCAUUCGUGUGUUUGUGUGCAGUGUCCUUCUCUUGCAUGGCGUUUCAUGCAGAAGAAGAGUGAGCGGACGAAGAAGAACAAACUUAGAAAUUCUAUCCCAGUCAAGGAUUUCAGGCUCUGCACAGCGAACCAUCGAUGCCUGGGGAGAAACAGCAAGCCAUCCAAAGUCAGAAUCGGUGGGACGGAUCCUGGUUCCAGCAACGCCCUGUUAAAGAUGACUGCGUCUUCGGCUACGAUCUGGUGCCCAAGAACCACAUUAAGCCACUCCUCCUGAAAUCGGACAGCAGUGGCUUUCUUUACCCCGAAGAGGAAGGAGAAGACAGAAUCGUGGGCGUGUGGGCGGGGGCGUCUCUCACGGCCGCUUGCCCCGGGGAAAAUAACAAGUUGUUUCUAAACGGACGACGGACGGCCACCAUCACCUGCAGGGGAGGCCGAUUCCACUACGGCAGAAGGGCCUUGAGCUGGGAGAACGUAGGAUGCGCCGAGAAGCCGUCUCCUAGCAUCAGGGAGGCUGGGUCCUGCGGGCUAGGAGGCACCACCACCGUCAUCGGCUGGGACCUCAAAAGGGGAGUGUUCGUGCCAGAAAUUGAACUCUGCUUCAACAAGGAAAUCGAGACGACACUCUACUCGCACCAUGUUGUUCCUGGCAGACACAUCGGCCAGAAGACGGUCGAGCCGGGUCGCCCCUCCUUCAAGAAAGCCGACAUGUUCUCCGUCAGCGUCCAGAACUUGUACCGUAUAAGGAGGCAAAAGAGCCUUGUCCAGGAGCUGCUGGAUGACCCUUCUCUCCUCACCGGCAAAGGUCAGCAUUACCUGGCCAAAGGUCACCUCACACCGGACUCCGACUUCGUGCUGGAGGCCGAGCAGGACGCGACCUACUACUACGCCAACGCUGUUCCGCAGUGGCAGGCCAUCAACAACGGGAACUGGAAGAGCUUAGAAAAUUCCGUGCGAGAGUUGGCCGAAAAACACGGGCGCAAUUUAGACGUCUGGACAGGAACCCAAGGCGUCUUGGAGCUCCCGGGCAGAAGGCAGCGGCCAGUCAAGGUGUACCUCGGCCUCUCCGACAGCAAGGAGAUUGUUCCUGUCCCUGCGUACAUGUGGAAAGUGAUCUAUGAGUCGUACACCAACCAAGCCGUGGCGAUCGUGAUGGCCAACAACGUCAAGGACCAGGGAGCAGCAGACCAGGCUCCUCCCUGCGAAGACAUCUGCGCCUGGCUCUCUUGGGUGGAUUGGGACGUGCGGGACGCGAGCAGCGGAAGGACCUACUGCUGCUUCGUGAGCGACUUGAAAGCCUCCUUUGAGAAUGUGCCUGACCUCGGCCGGGUUAGACUGCUCAGCAACUGAAGUCCUCGUGGGGAUCGUGAAGUAGCUAAAGGCCUUAGGGAUGUUGGUAUAACAGCUAAGGUCACUGAAGGCCUUGAAGGAAGGGAGGGGAAUGAAGUAUUAAUAAAAUGAUAAAGUAAUUGAAGCCCUC